AUGCACCAACGAAUCAUCAGUCUGCUGCCCUCAGCUGCCGAAAUCAUCUGCCUGGUUGGAGGUCAGCCCGAGAUGGUCGCAAGGAGCCACGAAGAUGAUUUCCCCUCGACGAUCCAACAUCUGCCAAUCCUGACUGAGGCCAAGACCAGGUUCACAACCUCCGCCGAUGUCGAUCGCCAGGUCUCAGAGGCGCUCUCCCAAGGCAACAGUCUCUACAACCUCGAUGUCGACCAACUCAAGGCUCUCCAACCCUCCGUCAUCGUUACACAGGAUCUCUGCAAUGUUUGCUCCAUUGACCUGGUCAGCGUGCAGCGUGUCGCCAGCAAGAUGGACCCCCAGCCCGAGAUCGUCACCCUCAACCCCACAUCCAUCGCAGAAGUCAUGGAGAGCAUCACCUUAGUCGGCACUGCAAUCGGUCACGCCAAGGAGGCAGCCAAGGUCCGGGCAGACCUCGAAGGACGGGUCCAAAAAUGCAAGGAUGUUGCUGCUCAGGUCAAGAUGGAUAACCCAGACUACAAGCCCAAGAAGGUCAUGUUCUUUGAGUGGACCGACCCCAUCUACCCUGCUGGACAUUGGACCCCUGAGAUGAUCGAGAUGGCAGGAGGUGUGCAUCCCAUCAAUCCUCCUGGCAUUCCUUCCAAGCGUGUGUCGGUCGAGUCGGUGGUGGCUAUUGAUCCAGAUGUUUUGAUCAUCUGCCCUUGCGGAUUGGACAUGGCAGCGACCCGGAAGGAAUACGACAUCAUGAUGGAGAAGGAAUGGUUCCGAGACCUUGCCAACAAGGCCACCACUGUCGCCCUUGUCGAUGGAAACCAGAUGUUUAACCGCAGUGGACCUCGUCUUGUAGAGUGCACAGAGUGGCUGGUGAUGUUGCUGCACAAUCGCCCUGACUUUGAGCCUGUCGACUUCCCCUGGGAGCGCGUCAAGUAG